AGGUGCUACAAUGGCUCGAAUAAGCUUGACUAGGCUCUGUUUACAAGAGGAAGAUCAUGAAUUGGAAGAGGUGCGAUGCAAACACGGAUUUGUUUUGCCUUUGCUGACCUCUUGGACCCCGAGAAAUCCUAGUAGAAGAUAUUGGGGUUGUCCUUACUAUGGGAAUGCUAGAUCAUGCGAUUUUUGGCUUUGGAAAGAUGAUUAUAUUGAUCCAAGAUCCAAAUUUGUGAUUCCCAAGUUGUUGGGAAGAAUUGCGGAGCUUGAACAUAGUGUUGAAUCUUCUCGAAAAGUUGAAACUUCGGAUAAGGAAAUCAACAAGCCUACUAAGUCGACCAAAUCUAUGGAAAGCAAAAUAGAUAUAAACAAGAAAGAGUAA